CAUAACCUCUAUCUUCGUUAUAAGAUCUCUUUAUUCACAUCUCUUAAAAGUAUCCGACUGUACACUAGAGUUCCUAUUCCGAUCACCGUCUCCAUUCAAGCGAUAUAAGUACUAUGACCCCGAAGGUUUUUCUCACCGGAGGCACGGGUUACAUCGGCGGCUCCGUACUUCAUACCAUCGUCACCGCCCAUCCCGAAUAUGAUGUGACCGUGCUUCUUCGCAAAGUCCCGGGCGCCUUCUCGUCCACUUAUCCUAAGGUCAAGAUCGUCCAAGGCGACUACGACAGCUUCGAUGUACUUGCAGAAGAAGCUUCCAAGGCCGAUAUCGUUGUCCACAACGGUAAUUCCGACCACGAGCCGUCCCUGAGCGCUAUCAUAACCGGCCUCCUCAAGCGCUCUUCUCCGGGCUUCCUGCUUCACCUGUCGGGUACUGGCAUUGUCUCCGACUGGGCGGAUCCCACCUAUCUCGGAAAGCUCAAUCCAAAGAUCUGGUCCGAUAUCGACGAUCUCGGCGAGAUCAGCUCUCUGCCUGAACAUGCACUCCACCGCAACACGGAGAAAAUGCUCAAUGCGACUAUAGCCGACCACAGCGAUAAGGUGAACAUCGCCAUCAUGUGCCCACCGGAUAUCUAUGGCAGGGGCAGGGGCAGGGGCCUUGCGAAGACUUGGAGUGCUUUCGUGCCUUUCUUUGUGAAGGAGAGCAUGGGGCUGGGCGGCAAGGUGUUCUAUUAUGGCGAAGGCAUGAACACCAGAAGCUGGGUACACAUUGACGAUCUCAUGAUUGUGUAUCUCAAGGUCGUAGAAGCUGCCGCCGCCGGUGGUGGCGGUUUUGGUUGGGGGAAAGAAGGCUACUACUUCGCCGGCACACAAGAAGUCUCCCACAUCGAAGUUGCCAAAGCCUCCGGCAAGAUUCUCAAGAAGCACGGGGUGAUCAAGGAUGAGGAACCGGUUCAAGUCUCGACCGAGCAGCUCGAUGCUAUGAUGAAAUUACCGCGGUUUCCGAAGCUGGCUCGGUAUAUGUUUGCGUCGAACUCGCGCACGCGGCCGCAUAGAGCGGAGAAAUUGUUCGGCUACAAAGGCACUGCGCCGACGCUGUUGGAAUCUUUGGAAGAGGAUAUUAUGCAGGCUGUGAAAAGCUUGUAGACUGGUCGUGGACCUGUGACUGCAAUGCACAGCACGUCCUUAGCCGCCGAACUAGAAUUUUGUCGCUCCUUCCAGAACAGUCUCGGAUGGUGACACGGUCCGGUCACGCGUACCGUUUUCUUUGCCCAAGGGAAUGGCUGUGGAAAUGGUUGGCUCCUAUUCGUUAAGGCUG